AGGUCUCGGGCCCCCAGGCGGAGCGGCGGGCGCCGGGCCCCCAAGUGGAGCGACAGGUCUCAGCCCUCAGGCGGAGCGGCGGGCGCCGGACCCCCAGGUGGAGCGACAGGUCUCGGGCCCUUAGGCGGAGCGGCGGGCGCCGGACCCCCAGGUGGAGCGACAGGUCUCGGGCCCUCAGGCGGAGCGGCGGGCGCCGACCCCCAGACGAAGUGGCGGGCACCGAGUCGUCUGGCAAGACAGUGGGCUCCGAGUCAACAGGCACGACAGUGUGUGCACCGGGUCAUCAGGUAUCGAAUUGUCUGGCUCGACAGCGGGCAUCGGGUCACCAGGUAUGACAGCGGGCACUGAGUCAAUUGGCACGACAGCGGGCACUGGAUCAGGUACCGGAUCAUCUGGAUCAAGAGCGGGCAUCGAGUCAACUGGCCUAAUAGGAUCGUCGGGCUGGA